AUUAUUCCGCCUUGUUUCCCUCCAUCAUCUCUGCUGAGCUCUCAGUGCUGCUCGGACGUCGCUUGAAGGUGCAGACCCGCCGAGUCCCGCUCUUUGGGGUUACAUAGAGGAAAGUCAGACGACAUACACGCCUUCAAAAGCACAGUGUUAGACUAUUUAAGUGUAGACGACGGUCAUUUCACCGCAUUUGAGCAGUUUACAGUAAAAAAUGGAUCCAAUGACUCAGUCCGCCCAGAUAUCAUCGUCGCAAGGGCUUGCCGAUGGACAAAAUUCAGCUGCAAAAGAAUCAAAGAUGUCCGUGAAUGAUCUGAUCCACUGGCGGGACCCCAAGAAGUCGGGCGUGGUGUUCGGCGUGUCCAUGCUGCUGCUGCUGUCGCUGGCAGCCUUCAGCGUCAUCAGCGUGGUGUCCUACCUGCUGCUCGCUCUGCUCUGCGUCACCAUCACCUUCCGCAUCUACAAGUCUGUGGUCCAGGCCGUGCAGAAGUCCGGCGAGGGACACCCCUUCAAAUGCAUGAUAGAUAAGGAUGUCAGCAUCCCUCCUGAGACUUUCCGGAAGCACGUGGACUGCAGUCUGACCUACAUCAACCGAGCCCUGAAGCAGAUGAGCCGCCUCUUCCUGGUCGAGGACCUGAUCGACUCCCUGAAGCUGGCUGUGGCCAUGUGGCUGUUCACCUACGUCGGAGCUGUUUUCAACGGGAUCACCAUCCUCAUCCUUGCUGACAUCCUCCUGUUCGCCACUCCUCCGAUCUACGAGAAGAACAAGACUCAGAUCGAUCAGUUCAUCGACGUCGUACGCACUCAAGUCAACACCACCAUCGCCAAGUUGCAAGAGAAACUCCCCGGCGCUGUGAAACGCAGCAAAACUGAAUGAUCCUCCCCGUCAUUAGAAACCUCCACAACACCAUCAUCCUCAUCUUCAUCACCACCUUAAACCCCGCCCCCUCCAGUCGAAUAACUCCUCCCCCCCCUUCCUCCAUCCACCAUCAGCACCCUCCCGACCUCCCACACUGAACCCCGCUAGGUAGAAAACCUGAGGUACUCAUAUUCAAUGUAAAACUACUGCGCAGCUUAACUCGCAUUACAGCAUUAAAAAGAACUGUGCCUGUGCAGACAGGAGAGGAAGUGAUGUAACGCCCAGCGGCGGACCCCGGAUUUGUUGUGGGCGGAGCCACAGGGAGAUGGAGGCAGGGUCGAGUGAACUAGACUGAAUCUAUGACCUGGUUUUAGUCGUGUGCAGCGCGCAGUGGGGGGGGUGAUGGUCAUUUAAAAAAAAAAAAGCAAAUGUCUGUACUUUCCCCACAUGUCCCUGAAGGUAACGCCAUAAGUCAAACAAACACGACCUUUCGGGUGUCACUGCGACUUGUCUUCUCGCUCUGCAGCUCUUGCUUGGAUAGAGAUGAGUUUGAAAAAGUUGGUUUUUGGGUUCGGCUUGUUGAGUUUGUUUCCAGGCACUUCCUCUGUAUGUAAGUUUUUCUGCAUUGCACUGAAUUUUAAUUUUUUACACACGUCAGCAGGUUGAAAUAAAAAGAUUGGAAACACGGAGCCAGCUGUGAUAAUUUGGUCUAGUUCACCCUCUUCUGAUCAGAUCUCAUUUUUUGGACUGUAAAUACACCUUAAGGCUCUCUCUCUCGCUCUCUCUUGCUCUCUCUCUCUCUCUCUCUCUCUCUCUCGCUUGCUCGCUCUCUCUCUUGCUCUCUCUCUCUCUCUGCCGUAUGGAAACACGUUAGCCUCGCUUUUUAUAUCGACAGUACGUCCCCUCACCUUAACGUACCGACGCCGCUCCUCUGGUCGCACCUGUUCACGCAGCAAAGUGUUGAGGUCUCACGUGUUCAUGUUUUGAUUCUUCUCAUCACCACUUCCUGUUAUGGAUAUGAAUCGUAGGACGGCUGCUCGGACUCCCCUCUUAGCUUGACGACAGCAUUGUAACGGUCGUGUUUAAGCGUCACUUUGUAGUUUUCAUGUUUGUAUCGCGGCCUCUUGAGGGAUGAGACGUUAAGAGACGCUCUCUCUGCUAUGAUUUAAAUGUCCUCUCAGAUCACAGAGUUCAAAAGUCAGAGUAAAAGUAGGCAGCGAGGGGCGCCGGACAGCCGAAUGGUUAUGUGGUGAGCCCCAUGUACAGCGGCUGUAGUCCUCGUUGCAGCAGCCGCUUGUUCGAAUCUGACCUCGGCCCUUUAAAUGACAGCAUGAUGACGGUGACUGUACCGGCUAUGCGGCAGGAUGGCGUGCUGUGAAUCAGUGCAUUUAGUAUUGUCACUGGUAUGAUUUUAUUAUUUCUGUCCUGUCUUCGCUGUGCUCAGAUUUAGUUUGAACAUAUUUAAAAAAUCUCGUCUGGUGUCGACGCCCAUCCCAAAUAAAAGUUGGGGUCGUUUCAGAGACUGAAGGAAAUAAAAGCCCGGGCUGUUUCGAAGGUUUACUUUUCUUUCAGUCUGAGUUAAAUUAUGCAGGAAAGUGUCAAAACUGAACAGAUUUUUUUUUUUUUUAAAUAAAGAAGUAAAUAAAAUAAUUUAAAAUAUGGAAAAACAACAAAGGAUGGCAUUAAAACGGGAUUUAUUAAUAUUCUUAUUGAGGAUUUAGUUAAAGUAAAUAGAAAAAGGUCUGAAUUUUGUUUUUUCCUUUUUUUCCUUUUGAAUUCGUGAAAAUGUCAGCAAAGAAUAAAGUUUGAAUUAAAAUUAGAAAAAAGGGAGGAUAAGCUUUAUUUUUUAAGUUUUAGUAAAGAGUCGUAAAAUUAAGAAUAAUAAACAAAUUACAAAUGUCGUCGUCUUUUCCGUUUGUGUUUCGGCCUCUAAAUCCUAAAACUGACUUUUCCUAAAACUGCGAUUUAAAUUUUUUUUUCCUGUUGAUGCUUCUGACUCGUUUAAAAACUAUAUUUUAAGAUUAAAUUAAAAAAGUAUAGUUGCUGUUUGGUAAACCGGAAGUGUCGGUUCUCUUGGUGGUCGACACGUUUAAAGGCCUGUUACGACCAUAGAUUGUAAAUAUUAAUGUUACGACAUAUAUUGAUUUAUUCUAAAAAGGGCGAUGUAUAUUACUCCCCUCAUGAAGGUCUGAUUCAUACAGUGAGCCUGUGUCCUUUCCCUCUCUUCCUUUCACAUGUCAGCUUGUCAUGUCGGGAGUGGAGCACUGCCAUCUAGUGGCCGGGAGUUAAAACGACACAAAAUGCACCAAGUCUAAAAAACUCUGAAUUUAAAAUCUUGCAGUGUGAAAAACAAAAACAACUGAAGUGUUCAAGCUUCCUGACAUCCUCUCUGAUUUAAUCUUCACUCAGCAGAAUGAUUUCAGCUCUUCGAACUAGAAGAAGAGAAACCUGCAAAUUAAACAGUCGAGAAAAAGCAGAAAGCUUCACAAGUGGAAUCAAGUUUGUGAUUCUGCUUUAAAAUAUUUCGGGUUUUUUUGGCACAUGUUGGACUCCACGUGGACCUGAGAGGACAUUUUUGGCACUGUAGCUCAUACAGGAGUGGCGUGAUUUGCAUAAAGAGUGUCACUGUCGAAGGAGGCUUGUUUUUUAUUUUGGAGUGUUUCUUAUCAUAGAGCUCGGUUUGUCACUUUGUUCUUCUUUUUCUUCUUCGACUGCCAUGAAGCGCAUGUCCUAGUGUAAGCUGGAAACAGACUCUCACCCUUUAUAUUAUGAUAAUAGGCUGUAUCAUAUUCUUAAACCCUCUCUUUUGGAUUAAUAUGAUUAUUACUUGUGAUUGUUUCAUCUGUGUUUUUGAACUCGAUAAUAAAGAAGAAGAAACCGUAGUCAUGUUA